GCGCUCGGGCCAUUUAAAUGUGUGUGAGGGAGACGGCGAAAUGGCUACGCAGAUCGCUGCAGUGCGCGCCGUGUCCCGGGGCGCGGAAGAGACGCCCCCGCUCCCUCUUGGGGACCGGCCUGGCCGGCCGAGGGGAGGAGGGCGGAAGAGGAAGGGCCCUCCUGGGGAGCCCGGGGGGUGUAAAAGGGCCAAGCUGAGCCAACAGUCGCUCGUGGUAGGGCCCGGUCAGGCGGAGCCGCUGCCUCCAGCCACCGUCCCCGCCGUCCCUUCCGCCACCACCGGCCUAUUCACGUUUUCGGCCCUCAGUCUACCCCCGCAGGCCACACACUGCGAGCGGCGGCGGCGGCGGCAUUACCACAGGCAUCGGCACCAUCCGGACAGCCCCGGUUCCGAGCCUGGGCGCUCCUCCGGCGAAAAGCCGCACAAGGGCCGGCGGGGAAGCUCCGGCGACAGCGGCGGCGGGCGGCCCAGCAAGCGAGACAGCAGAGAUGAGAAUGGCAAGACCCAGAGAGCUGAUGGUCUUAUUGUUAAGAAAAUCAAGAAGAAGAAGAAAAAGAAACACAGAGAAGACAUGAGGGGGAGACAUCUGAAAAUGUACAACAAAGAAGUACAGACUGUGUGUGCUGGUCUUACCCGAAUCAAUAAAGAGAUUUUGACUCCAAGGGUGACUGAUAACUUGGAAGAGAAUAAGGAAUCCUUUAGGUAUCUAAAAGAUGAACAGCUGUGUCAGUUGAAUUUGGGCAUGGAAGAAUACAGAAUACCCCAGGGAGUGCAGUCUCCAUUUACUACCCACCAGGAGCAUUCUGUUCGCAGCAACUUCCUAAAAACAGGCACUAAAUUUAGUAACUUUAUUCAUGAAGAACAACAAUCAAAUGGUGGAGCUCUGGUCCUUCAUGCUUACAUGGAUGAACUCUCAUUUUUGUCUCCAGUGGAGAUGGAGAGGUUUGCAGAAGAGUUUCUUGCUUUGACAUUCAGUGAAAAUGAGAAAAAUGCAGCCUACUAUGCUCUAGCUAUAGUCCAUGGGGCAGCUGCCUACUUGCCAGACUUCUUGGAUUACUUUGCUUACAACUUUCCUAACACUCCAGUAAAAAUGGAAAUCCUUGGCAAGAAAGAUAUUGAAACAACAACAAUCUCAAACUUUCACACUCAGGUCAGUCGAACUUACUGCUGUGGAACCUACAGAGCUGGUCCGAUGAGGCAGAUCAGCCUUGUUGGGGCAGUGGAUGAAGAAGUUGGAGACUAUUUCCCAGAAUUUCUUGAUAUGUUGGAGGAAUCUCCAUUUCUUAGAAUGACUUUGCCCUGGGGUACUCUUUCUAGCCUCAGACUUCAGUGCCGGUCACAAAGUGAUGAUGGCCCCAUCAUGUGGGUAAGGCCAGGAGAACAGAUGAUUCCAACAGCUGAUAUGCCAAAGUCCCCAUUCAAGCGACGCAGAUCAAUGAAUGAAAUAAAAAAUCUCCAGUAUCUACCUCGGACCAGUGAACCCCGUGAAGUUCUUUUUGAAGACAGAACAAGAGCACAUGCUGAUCAUGUUGGGCAGGGGUUUGACUGGCAGAGUACAGCUGCUGUAGGAGUGCUGAAAGCUGUACAGUUUGGUGAAUGGAGUGACCAGCCACGUAUAACCAAAGAUGUAGUUUGUUUUCAUGCGGAGGAUUUCACUGAUGUAGUUCAAAGACUUCAGCUGGAUCUACAUGAACCUCCAGUGUCUCAGUGUGUUCAGUGGGUGGAUGAAGCCAAGCUAAACCAAAUGAGACGAGAAGGCAUUCGCUAUGCUAGAAUCCAGCUAUGUGAUAAUGACAUCUACUUCAUCCCUAGAAAUGUCAUUCAUCAGUUCAAGACAGUCUCUGCUGUGUGUAGCUUAGCCUGGCAUAUAAGACUCAAACAGUAUCAUCCGGCAGGGGAGAAUUCUCAAAGUACAGAAAGCAUUUCAAAUAUGGACAGUAGCAUCUGUGAAAAGAUGGAAUCAGAUAUUGAAGACCAAUGUGUGAUUGUGAAAAGAGAGUCUGAAGAAGUAGGAACAGAAGUACAGAUUACAACGGUGGCACCACCUUCCUUGUUUUCAUCUCUGUCGUGACUUGUCUUACAAGAUGAGCUAGCUCAGUCCCUUCCAGUUUUUAAAGUAGAAUUAGAUCAGCAACACAAUCCACAAUAUGAUCAUACAGGCUUUCUUGUGUGAUAUGUACAUAAUCAUAUACAUUUUUAAACAGCUUUUUAAAAUUUUGAUGUGAAGUUAUAGUUUUAUAACUGGGUUAUGUUUUAUUGGAGAUAUCUUGCCUAUAAUUCUAUAAAGAGAGGUGACAUUCCAAAAUGUCAAGCGUAUCUUUUUUACACAGAUUAUGCAAAGUUAGAAUUGUAUUUUAGUCCCUUAGUACAGCAUGUAGUAGUAAACUACAGAUUUUUUUCAAGGGAAUGAGGUAAUAAGUUGUCAUCUCUAUUUUUCCUUCAGGAACUUCAAGUAUUUAGUAAAUCUGAUACCCUUACAUCUGUCCUAUCUUUGGCUUUCAGCAUAAAAGAGAUGGUUUCUGUGGAAGAUUCACAAAGUGACUCUCCCAUCUGACUAAUGGCUUGAAUGAAAGAGAAAGCAAAGCACUUUUAAUGAUCAAUGACAUUUGUGUGUGUGAGAGAGAGAGUUUUGAAAGCCUGGAGGAAGCUCAAGUUACCAGCAGUGUAGUUUAAUUGCUUAUCAACACAUUAACAAAGAAGCUGAUAUAUGAGAUUAGUUGCAGAGUGUGUGUGAUCUUCUUGAACAGUAAUAACUGACACUUCCCAUACCUCUGCUUUUAAUGUUUGUGGGAACAGUGUGUUUUAAUAACUUCCUUGAUGGCCAAUUGUUAACACUAGUGUCUAAUGAAAGUAACUGUUGUCAGUUUCUCCGAGGAAACUGUUCUGUUUGAGCACUUUAAGGCUUUACAAUAUUCUAACCAAUUUGGUGGCUUGUUUAAUUCACAGCAAGCAUCUGAGAUGGAAACCAUCCUCUCCUUUGCAUUGAUGCACUUAAUCCAGUAGAGUAGACUUAAUGAUAUAUAUUGGUUGCCUUUAUUCUCAAAUUCUAUAGUGUUGUUUCACAAUAAACUAUCACACACAGAUUGCUAUUUCCACCUGUGACUCUUGGAUACACAGUGCUACUGCUGUGUUAAAAGACUAUAUGGCAGUAUGUCAAGUGUCAUUAGCUAACAUUGUUUAACAGUCAUACACUCUCCCCUAAUAUUAACUAUAGUUCGCUUUUCACUUAGAGUACUCAAUUACAUUUAUUUGUGGUAAUAGAAGAAAGAAACCCUUCACAUAUAGGAAUGGGAACUUUAUGAAGGUGUAAUCAAAGUUGUUUCUAAGCAGUUUGGUUCUCAUUCUUACUUGGGUGAGGCAAGGAGAGAAACAAGGUGCACUAUACUAACCAGACGUAAAGAAAGCAGCUGUGUUUUUAAAUGCAUCUUUGAUAUCCGUCUUUUUGGAAAAAAAACCUUGCAUAUAAAUGUUUAUAAUAGCAAUUACUUUGUGCAAUAUUGUUUUGUGUAGAUUUAUAUGGCUGUUAGCACUUCAGUAUAGCAGGCACAGUUUUAAACCAGUAGCAAAAUAAUCAGAAAACAUUGCAGUGAUUAGAUAGAACCUGUAUUAUUACUCCUAAUGUAUACACACACAUAUGUAUAGAAUGUCUCGGUGCAAACCUGAAGACAAAUAACAAAUAUGAAAAAAAUCAGACUAACUUUUUAGAUUGGAAUGGGGGUGAAUUGUGUGUAAAUAAGAUGUUAGGAGUAAAUCUUACUAUGUAAAAUAAUAUGUUUUUAUGCAGGAGUGUAAUUUCAAAUCUUAAUUUCUAGAUUGACCAAUACUGGUUCAGGAAAUAAUCCCUGCAUACUCUGGCUUUUUCCACUUUUUUACUCUUGUCAGAAGAAUUUUCAUAAACUUUUAUGAGACUGUGCAAAGUAUAAUUCUUUGCUGGCAAUAUGAGUUUCAGUGCAUCAUUUCUACAUAUGAUGACAUCUUUGUUAUGCCAUCUUCAUUUCAUCAUAUGUUUCUUCCAUUCAUUUUACUAGUCUUCCAAGCCUCUGUUUGUCUUCACCCAUUGUGACCAUGUCAUAAAAGAAGGCUUAAGCCAUUUCUUGGACAUUUCAGCUACCAUAGAUAACUGUCACCUGUAAGCCAGCACUGUGUAUAACCACUCAGGAACUGGUACAAUCUGAAAAGAUCUUACAGAUGAAAGGAAAGUCAUUCAUUAUUUGUGUUUCCCUGUUUCACCUUGCACAAAUUUAAACCAACAAAUACAAAAAAUAACUAAAUGUUCUGCACCCCUAUUCCUUGGUUAUCCUUGAAAAGAUGACAUGCAACUACUGUUUCUCGAAUAGUUCUAAGUUAAGUUACAACAGCUAACUUUUGUAUAUUAAUGCAUAAAAUAGAAAAACAGCAGUAUAGCCUACUAAAGCAGUAGGAAGUAAUCACAGAAGUUAUUUUUUAAAGCUUCUAAGGUGUCACUUGUGCCAGUUUGAUACUGUGUUGCAUUUAAUGCAAUAUUCUCUUUGAAUAAUCAUAUUUCAGAUAUUUACAGACACUUCAAAAUCUCUCUCCUGUUUACUUAUCCUAAUUUCACAUUUUUAUAUAAAAUGCUUGAGACACUUAAAAUGGUAUAUAAAAACAAAUUGCUAUUACUUAUAAAUUCCAGUAAGCUCCAGUCAUGCACUUGAAGCACUUCUGUAUGCACACUGGAACUGUGUAGACUUCCACUUUCAGCUACAGUUCUUUGUAGUAUGUCAGAUUGUACUUCAGGAUCCCUUGACAUUCAGUAAUUUGGGUGGACAGUGAGUAGCUUUAGUGGGAAAGGAAAUUUACAGUACAAUCCUGGGAAGAGUUACUCCAAUCUAAUCCUAUUCAUUUCAGUGGGUUUAGACUGGAAUAAAUGCAUAGGAUUGUGCUGUAAAAGGCUUUGAUGCAUGCAUGGAUCUUUGCUCUCAAGCCUCUUCUUAAAAAUAUGAAGAAGGACAGCUUAAGUCUAAUGAAUUGUAUAAUGGAAGUAAGAGGAUCCUUUUUUGCCAUGGACGAUGAACUAAAAAAUUAAAGUGAAAAAUAGUAAUAAGAGAACCUGACUUAGGAUGGGAGGUGGAUGAGAUGUAAAGAAUGACAAAUGAGUGGAUUUAAAUGCCAGGGAUCAUUUGGGAAGAAUAACAUUUUAGACCUAAAAAUACUUUAAGUAUAAUUUCUCAGGAAAAUAUUGAGGUAACAAUUGGUAUUAAUUAGAAGAUUUUGGAAAUCUAUCUUUCCAGUGUCACUUAUAUUUUAAUGCCUAGAUGUGUUUCUCAUCGAGUUAGCUUCAGUAAAUAGGAAAUCUAACUUUAUAAAUCCUAGAGUCUAUACACAUGAUGUAAUUAUAAGUUCAAAGGCUGAAUGAUUGUUGUAAUAAAAUAAAUCUAGGUAUUUUGUUCUGUUAGAAAGUCUUUCUCAUCAAAUUUCCAUACGUGUCAAAUAUUUCAGUUAACAGUUCAGUAUAUCCCCGUCAUCUAUGAACUCAGUUGCUAAAUACUAGAAGUUCCAGAAACCCGCUCUUGUCUACAAAGCCUGAUUGGCUCCAAGUUCAAAAAUGGGGAUCCUCUUCUAUUUAACUGAAUAUGAUAUCCCUUUUUAUCAAAGUCCAAAGAAAAGUGGUAUUUUGUGUUCAUUGGCUGUAUUGGUCUGCUCAUCUAUUUAACAAAUCGGCAAAAGUAACAUUAAGAUAUGUGAGUGAACUAAGUAUUUCACAUUCUUCCCCCCAAAUAUUUCUGAACAUUAAAUCUAUUUUGUAGAUAACAAAUGUUCUCUUCCAUGAAGAUGGAAUGUGUGGAGGACUCAUGCAAUAUUAAGAGAUACAUACAUUUAUCAUAAAGUUUUGGCAUACAAUAGAAGGGUUAUUGUUCUGUUAGCAGUUUCCUAAAUGUAAGGGCAUAACUGUGUAGCAAGUGUCAGGGAUGUUCUUCAUUUAUUGUCAAAACCCCAGGAAAAAAUAUGAUUUAAACUCACUUUUUUUCAUGCUGCCAUUCACAUGCUUGAAUUUAUACUGAGUGGUAAAUGCUUUCACUUAGGGAACAAUCCAGCCAAUGUUAAAUGCCUUUAAGUCCCAUCGAUUUCUGUAAGAAAUUGAAAUUAGUGGGAUUUAAAUAUGCCUAAUAUAGGUGGGAUUGCACCUUAUUUUCUUAUAAAUGCUGAGUAUUUAUAGCCAUAUUGGUGUUUUUAUUUUUUUGAAGGUUGCUGUGAUUGAGGAUGGUUGUCCUUCAUCUCCUGAAAGCAUUGUAUUGUAGGUUAAUUUAAGUUGGUUCAAUUUCCCAAUAACAUUAUGGCCUUCCAUUAGUAUACAUACUAGUUAUAGAACCCAACAGCACAUGUAGUUGAGAAGGGGCUUCUCUUAAUAUAGCACUUUCAAUUCUGUCUAAGCAAAUACUUAUACUUUACAUGUUGUAUAAAAUAGAUUUGUGUAGUGUUUUGUGAUUAAAUUCAGUUUUGAUUGACUGGCAGCUAAGAUAUUUUUCUGUGGUUUUAAUAUAUCUAAGGUCUUUGCAUAUAGAGAAUAUGUACAAUUGCCUGGAAGACUGUUUUUGCUUUGUGUGGCCUUAGUAUAUUUAUUGACAUUUAGCAAGUGUUUUAAAGAGGUUUUUAUAAUAGUGUAAACUGGGAAAAUUUUAAGCCUCUCUGUGAAUAAUCCUCUAACGCAGUGCAUUUCUUUUAGUAGCUGAUUGUACAAGCGUAUCAAACUGUUAAAGCUAUUUCUUUGUUUAAAAAAAGUACAUGGAAUGCAUAGAUUCCCCUCUGUAAAGUAUUUUUUUAAUAAACACAAGUCUGAUUUGCCCUUAAUGAAAA